UUGAAGAUUGAAGACAUAACAUGCGUUGGAGCAGGUUACGUUGGUGGACCAACUUGUGCCGUAAUCGCAUAUAAAUGCCCAGAAAUACGAGUUACUGUAGUAGAUAUGAAUAAAGAAAAAAUCAGACAAUGGAAUUCGGACCAUUUGCCUAUUUUUGAGCCAGGUCUCGAUGAAAUAGUAAAGUUAUGUCGUGGAAAAAAUUUGUUUUUUUCUGAUGAUAUACCAACAGCUAUACGAAAAGCACAACUCAUUUUUAUGUCUGUUAAUACGCCAACAAAAACAUAUGGUAGAGGAAAAGGAAUGGCACCCGAUUUGAAAUAUGUGGAAUCGGUUUCUCGUGCAAUAGCAGAACAUUCACUGAGUCCCAAAAUUGUAGUUGAAAAAAGUACUGUACCAGUGAAGGCUGCUGAGAGCAUCAAUGCAAUACUGAAUGAAGCUCAUAAAAAGAACUCCAGACUCUCAUUUCAGAUUCUAUCGAAUCCAGAAUUUUUAUCGGAAGGGACUGCGAUAAAUGACUUAUUAAAUCCUGACCGCGUUUUAAUUGGUGGAGAAAGUUCAUCUGAUGGUUUGGCAGCUACAGCUCAACUAAUUCAAAUUUAUGAACACUGGGUACCUCGAGAUAAGAUUAUUACAACAAAUACUUGGUCUUCAGAACUUUCGAAAUUGGCAAUUAAACUUAUGUCGGUUUUUAUUUUCCAGACAGCUAAUGCAUUUCUGGCACAGCGGAUUUCAAGUAUAAACGCUGUAUCUGCAAUAUGUGAAGCAACUGGUGCUGAUGUAAGAGAAGUUUCAUACGCGGUAGGUCGAGAUUCGCGGAUUGGAAAUAAAUUUCUUCAAGCGAGUGUUGGUUUUGGAGGCAGCUGUUUCCAAAAAGAUGUUCUGAGCCUUGUUUAUAUAGCGGAAUCUCUAAAUCUUCAUGAAGUAGCUGAUUACUGGCUGCAAGUUGUUGAAAUUAAUAAAUGGCAGCGAAGGCGUUUUGCAGAUAAGAUUAUUUCUGAAAUGUUUGAUACAGUAUCAAAUAAAAAGAUUGCAAUAUUUGGAUUUGCCUUUAAAAAAAAUACGGCUGAUACAAGAGAAUCUUCAGCCAUCCACGUCGUGAAAUACUUGUUAGACGAAGAUGCUAGAGUAGCUGUUUAUGAUCCAAAAGUGUCGGAGUCACAAAUGUUGUACGAGCUUAAUCAGAUUUCAUCUAAAGAAACUGUUGAUAAAUUAUUUACAUACCAGAAUGACCCAUACGAAGCGGCUAUGAACUCACAUGCAGUAGUUGUCCUUACUGAAUGGGAUCAAUUUAAAGAUUAUGAUUAUAAACGUAUAUUCAAAUCGAUGGCACAACCAGCUUCAGUGUUUGAUGGGAGGUUAAUUCUCGAUCAUAAAAAAUUGCGUCAAAUUGGUUUUCGUGUAUUUGCUAUUGGUACUGCAUCACCUCAAUCAUGCAAGAACUGCUACAAGUAA